AUGUCGCCAUUGGCGGUUCCGACAAGGUCGGUCGAGAUCGUGAACAUCCAUCAAAAUGAUGUGGGGUAUUCCUUGGUCAACGAUAUCCGCAACGGUCUUAACCCCCCCGCCGGGUCCCCGCGUUCCAUGCCGACCAUGCUGCUGUACGACGCCCAAGGCCUCAAGCUGUUCGAGGAGAUUACCUACCAGGACGAGUACUACUUGACCAAUGCCGAGAUUGAGGUGUUGGAGACCCAUGCCAAGAGGAUCGUCGAAUACAUCCCCAACAAGGCACAGAUGCUUGAGCUAGGUAGUGGAAACCUCCGGAAAAUUGAGAUUUUGCUGCGGGAGCUGGAACGCGUGGGCAAGGACGUGGACUACUACGCCCUGGAUCUCUCCCUGUCGGAACUCCAGCGCACAUUCGCCGAGGUCUCCGUAGACCGCUACCAACAUGUUCGCUUGCACGGGCUCCACGGAACUUACGACGACGCCUUGGAGUGGCUGGGACCCCCGGAGUCCCGGUCCCGCCCCGCGUUCAUCCUGUCGAUGGGGUCGUCGUUGGGCAAUUUCAGUCGUCCUGAGGCCGCGGGCUUUCUGGCGCAAUUCGCAAAGUUGCUGGGACCCGCCGACCGCAUGGCCAUAGGUCUGGACUCGUGCGAAGACCCGGAUAGAGUCUAUAAGGCGUACAACGACGCCAAAGGCGUGACGCGACAGUUCUACGAGAAUGGACUGGCGCAUGCGAACGCCGUGCUCGGACACGAGGUCUUCAAACCGGCGGAGUGGGACGUCGUGACGGAGUAUGACCACGUCGGGGGACGGCACCAGGCUUUUUACUCGCCCAAGAAGGACAUGGUCGUCGAGGGUGCUCAUCUGCGCAAGGGCGAAAAGCUGGUCUUCGAGGAAGCGUUCAAGUAUUCUGCGCAGCAGCGCGAGGAUUUGUGGCGCAGUGCGAACUUGGUCUUGGGGACGGAGUUUGGGAAUAGAUCGGGCGAGUACCAUAUCCACCUCUUGUCGUCCGCUGCGUUCCGCUUCCCGACCUCUGUGUCGGAGUAUGCCCCUAGCGCUGUCCCCACCCUGAAAGAAUGGGAAUCCCUGUGGACGGCAUGGGACGUAGCGACUAAAUCAAUGGUCCCUCGGGAGGAAUUCCUAUCCAAGCCGAUCAAACUGCGAAACGCGCUCAUCUUCUACCUUGGGCACAUUCCCACGUUUCUGGACAUUCACUUGACCCGUGCUCUCUCAGGGAAGCCCACCGAGCCCAAAUCCUACCAGCAGAUCUUUGAGCGGGGGAUCGAUCCCGACGUGGACAAUCCGGAACAGUGCCAUAAGCACAGUGAGAUUCCCGACGAGUGGCCGCCGCUGGGUGAGAUCCUGGACUACCAGAACCGAGUCCGGAGUCGCGUCAGGGCCGUCUGUCAGCGGGACGACCUUGGGCAGAACCGGUCCUUGGGGGAGGCGCUGUGGAUCGGGUUCGAGCAUGAAGCCAUGCAUCUCGAAACUUUCCUCUACAUGCUGCUCCAGAGUGAAAGAACGCUCGUCCCCGCUGGCGUGGAGCGGCCGGACUUCAAGCAAAUCUUCGACCACGCCCGGAAGCAUGCCAAAACGAACGAGUGGUUUACCAUCCCUGAACGGACGCUCGCCAUUGGGCUCGACGACGACGGGAGCUCAAUCCCGCCGGUCUCGUUCGGAUGGGACAAUGAGAAGCCGGAGCGGACAGUCGCCGUGGCGGCAUUUGAAGCGCGCGCGCAGCCCAUCACCAACGGCGACUAUUUCCAGCAUCUGCAGGCCAAACCGCACCGCCGCCCGCCCGCGUCGUGGAUCCUCGCCCACCCAGACGGCCCGGAUUCGAUGUCGCGGUUCGCCGUGCGCACGCUGUUUGGGCCGGUUCCGCUGGACCUCGCGCAGGACUGGCCGUUGAUCGCAUCGUAUGACGAGCUCGACGGGUAUGCGCAGUCAGUGGGGUGUCGGAUCCCGACGAUGGAGGAAGUCCGGAGUAUUUACGUACACGCAGCGGCACUACAAUCAGAGGGGAAGGCAGGACAUAUGAAUGGGACGAAAAAUGGCCAAGUCAACGGAAAUGUACCAAAGGAAGUCAACGGAAACGGAGUCCAUGGAAAUGGAAAUAGCCAUUCGAAGAUCAACCCCACCCGACCCCGGUCGCCGGAUCACCAGCCUGUUCAACCCAUUUCGCGAGAAGGGCUGCCAGUGUACGUGGAUCUCAACGGACACAACGUUGGAUUCCAGCACUGGCACCCUAUCCCGGUGAUCGCGCAGGGCGAUCGACUGGCGGGACAGGGGGAUUUCGGGGGUGUGUGGGAGUGGACGAGCACGGCUUUGGCUGCGCAUGAGGGGUUCCGCGCGAUGGAGAUAUAUCCAGGAUAUACCUCGGACUUCUUCGACGGAAAGCACCACGUCGUCCUGGGUGGAUCAUGGGCGACGCACCCGCGGAUCGCAGGGCGGACUACAUUUGUGAACUGGUACCAAACCAACUAUCCUUACGCAUGGGCGGGGGCACGAUUAGUGCGGGACGUGUGA